GGGCCGUGCCGGAGCCGUGCCGGGCUGGGCUGGGCACGGCGGAGCGCUCCCGCGGCGGGCACGGCAGCAGCGCAGCCCCUUCCCAGCCCAGCGCCCCGUGGCCGAAGGGACCGCGGCCACCGCGGCCACCCCGCGCCGCCCCGGCCAUGAGGUCGGGCCGGAGAGACGCCACCUGUGCGGGGAGGUGAGCGGAGCCCCGGAGCCUUCCUCCUACCCCCGGGCAGCCACAGCGGCGGGGAAGCGCAGGGGGGUGGAGGAAGGAAAAGGGAUAUUUUUUGUUUUAUUAUAUAUCGAUCUAUUUUUGCCGCGAUCAAUCCCGAUCCCGCAACUGAAGCCCCCGGAGGGAGAAGUGCUGCGCGCUGUGAUGCGUCUUCCUCUCGCCUCGGCUGCCAGUUUGGAUUGUAGCGCCCGGCUCCGUGCACUGCGAGGAUGGCUCGGUUUGGGGAUGAUCUGCCAACCCGCUAUGGAGGUGGAGGGCCGGCCGGGGCUGGAAGAGGGAGCAGCCGGCAAGGUGGCCCCCAAGCCGGCCAAAGGAUGUAUAAACAGUCGAUGGCUCAGAGAGCCAGGACUAUGGCUCUCUACAACCCCAUCCCUGUCAAACAGAACUGCUUCACAGUCAACAGAUCCCUCUUCAUCUUCAGUGAAGAUAAUGUUAUACGGAAAUACGCCAAGCGAAUAACAGAGUGGCCUCCAUUUGAAUACAUGAUUUUAGCUACAAUCAUAGCCAAUUGUAUUGUGCUGGCUCUGGAACAACAUUUGCCGGAUGGAGACAAGACACCGAUGUCAGAGAGACUGGAUGACACUGAGCCGUACUUUAUUGGAAUAUUUUGUUUUGAAGCUGGUAUCAAAAUCAUCGCUCUGGGCUUUGUUUUUCACAAAGGCUCUUACCUGCGCAACGGCUGGAACGUGAUGGAUUUUGUCGUGGUCCUCACUGGGAUUCUGGCCACGGCUGGGACGGAUUUUGACCUGCGGACCCUGCGAGCCGUGCGGGUGCUGCGGCCGCUGAAGCUCGUGUCAGGAAUCCCAAGCCUGCAGGUUGUCCUCAAGUCCAUCAUGAAGGCCAUGGUGCCCUUGCUGCAGAUUGGGCUGCUCCUCUUCUUCGCCAUCGUGAUGUUCGCCAUCAUUGGGCUGGAGUUUUACAUGGGCAAGUUCCACAAAACCUGCUUUUCCAACGAGACAGGUGAGGAGGUGGGGGAUUUUCCCUGUGGAGAGGAGCCUCCUGCCAGGCAGUGUGAGAGCGGGACCACGUGCAGGGAGUACUGGCAGGGCCCCAACUAUGGCAUCACCAACUUUGACAACAUCCUCUUCGCCGUGCUCACCGUCUUCCAGUGCAUCACCAUGGAGGGCUGGACCGACAUCCUCUACAACACAAAUGACGCUGCAGGAAACACCUGGAAUUGGCUUUACUUCAUCCCUCUCAUCAUCAUUGGCUCUUUCUUCAUGCUCAACUUGGUGCUGGGCGUCCUAUCAGGUGAAUUUGCCAAGGAGCGAGAGCGGGUGGAGAACCGCCGGGCGUUCCUGAAGCUCCGCAGGCAGCAGCAGAUCGAGCGCGAGCUCAACGGAUACCUGGAGUGGAUCUUCAAAGCAGAGGAGGUGAUGCUGGCCGAGGAGGACAAGAACGCCGAAGAGAAGUCCCCUUUGGACGGGAGGGCCGCCUCGGAAGGGCCGAUUCCUCAAGGCACGGCGCCGGCAGAGACUGGCAGCGGCAGCAGCUACAACAUGUUGAAAAGAGCCGCAAUAAAGAAGAGCAAAAAUGACCUGAUUCAUGCAGAAGAAGGUGAGGACCAUUUCACAGACAUUUGCUCCGUUGGGUCUCCCUUUGCCCGUGCCAGUUUGAAGAGUGGGAAGAACGAGAGCUCAUCCUACUUCAGGAGGAAGGAGAAGAUGUUCCGCUUCUUCAUCCGCCGCAUGGUGAAGGCUCAGAGCUUCUACUGGGUGGUGCUCUGCGUGGUGGCCCUCAACACCCUCUGUGUGGCCAUGGUGCACUAUGACCAGCCCGAGAAGCUGACCACUGCUCUCUAUUUCGCAGAGUUUGUUUUCCUGGGGCUGUUCCUCACUGAGAUGUCUCUGAAGAUGUAUGGGCUGGGGCCAAGGAAUUACUUCCACUCUUCAUUCAACUGCUUUGACUUUGGGGUGAUCGUGGGCAGUAUCUUUGAGGUGAUUUGGGCUGCAGUGAAGCCGGGCACCUCCUUUGGCAUCAGCGUCCUGCGCGCCCUGCGGCUGCUGAGGAUCUUCAAAGUGACCAAGUACUGGAAUUCCCUGAGGAAUCUGGUGGUCUCCUUGCUGAACUCCAUGAAGUCCAUCAUCAGUUUGCUUUUCCUGCUGUUCUUGUUCAUUGUGGUCUUUGCUUUGCUGGGGAUGCAGCUCUUCGGAGGGCAGUUCAAUUUCCAAGAUGAAACUCCAACCACGAAUUUCGAUACCUUCCCUGCUGCCAUCCUCACAGUCUUCCAGAUCCUGACGGGCGAGGACUGGAACGCUGUGAUGUACCACGGGAUAGAGUCGCAGGGCGGCGUCCAUUCCGGAAUGUUCUCCUCCAUCUACUUCAUCGUGCUCACGCUGUUUGGUAACUAUACUCUCCUGAACGUGUUCUUGGCCAUCGCUGUGGACAACCUGGCCAACGCCCAGGAGCUGACCAAGGACGAGGAGGAGAUGGAGGAAGCCACCAACCAGAAGCUGGCCCUGCAGAAGGCCAAGGAGGUGGCUGAAGUGAGCCCCAUGUCAGCAGCCAACAUCUCCAUAGCUGCUUUUGUAAAGCAAACUCGAGGUACUGUAUCUCGCAGCUCGUCAGUCUCCAGCGUAAAUUCACCCAAGCAGCAGAAUUCCUCCAAAUCCAAGUCGGUUUGGGAGCAGAGGACGAGCCAGAUCCGGAUGCACAACUUCCGAGCCAGCUGCGAGGCGCUGUACAACGAGCUGGACCCCGAGGAGCGCGUCCGCUACGCCACCACCCUGCACAUCCGUCCCGACAUGAAAACCCACCUGGACCGGCCGCUGGUCGUGGAGCCCCGCAGCGAGGGCAGGAACAACCUCACCAAGCUGAGCCCCGUGGAUGUCCAGGAGGUGGUGGAGCACCCCAAACCCACCUCUGCCGAUGGGGCAGAAGCGCCAAGGAAGCACCACCGGCAUCGGGAGAAGGAGAAGCUGGGAGAGCAGGAGAAGGGAGAUGUCACCAAGGAGGAGAGCGGCGAAGCCGGGGCUGGCACCAAGGAGGAGCGGCACCGGCAGCACCGGAGCCGCAGCAAGGAGGUGGAAGGGGGCAGCAAGGAAGGGAAGAGCGACCGUAGCAGGGGGCAGGAAGGGGGCAAGAGGCACCACCGGCGGGGCUCGGUGGACGAAGGGGGUGAGAAGGAGCACCGCAGGCACCGCAGCCACCGGCACUCCUCCGACCGGCCCAGCAAGGAGGGCAACGGCACCGCCAACGGCGCCCGCGGCGAGCGGCGCUCCCGGCACCGCGGAGGGUCCCGCUCCGGGAACAGGGAUGGAGAGCCCGGCACCAAGGGCGACAGCGGAGAGGAGCCCCACCGGCGGCACCGGCUCAGGAACAGGGCCCUGUCCACCUACGAGUCCGUGGAGAAGGACAGCGGGGAGAAGGAGGGGGAGGCUGGCGAGAAGGAGCACCGCAAUCACCAGCCCAAGGAGAACCAGUGUGAGCUGGAGGCCAGUGGCAGUGGCAGUGGCCCUGGCAGUGUCCCUGUGCACACCCUGCCCAGCACUUACCUGCAGAAGGUGCCUGAGCAGCCGGAGGAUGCCGACAACCAGAAGAACGUGACCAGGAUGAUUCAGCCCCCCCUGGACAAAACCACCACUGUGAACAUCCCUGUCACCAUCACUGCCCCUCCAGGGGAAACCACUGUCAUCCCAAUGAACAACGUGGAGUUUGAAAGCAAAACGGAGGAGAAGAAAGACGUCGAUGACCUGACCAAAAAUGGGCCUAAACCAAUCCUGCCUUACAGCUCCAUGUUCAUCCUCAGCCCCACAAACCCGAUCCGCCGCCUGUUCCACUACAUCGUCAACCUGCGCUACUUCGAGAUGGUGAUCCUGAUCGUCAUCGCCCUCAGCAGCAUCGCCCUGGCUGCAGAGGACCCUGUGCAGGCUGAGUCUCCCAGGAACGACGCUCUGAAAUACCUGGAUUAUAUAUUUACAGGAGUCUUCACCUUUGAGAUGGUGAUCAAGAUGAUUGACCUGGGGCUGCUGCUCCACCCUGGCUCCUACUUCCGUGACCUGUGGAACAUUCUGGACUUCAUUGUGGUCAGUGGGGCCCUGGUGGCUUUUGCCUUCUCAGGAACCAAAGGCAAGGACAUCAACACCAUCAAGUCCCUGCGAGUCCUGCGUGUGCUCAGGCCUCUGAAAACCAUAAAACGGCUGCCAAAACUAAAGGCUGUCUUUGACUGCGUGGUGAACUCCCUGAAGAACGUCCUCAACAUCCUCAUUGUUUACAUGCUCUUCAUGUUCAUCUUCGCUGUCAUCGCCGUGCAGCUCUUCAAGGGCCGCUUCUUCUACUGCACGGACGAGUCCAAGGAGCUGGAGAAGGACUGCAGGGGCCAGUACCUCGAUUAUGAAAAAAAUGAGGUGGAAGCACAGCCCAGGGAAUGGAAAAAAUACGAGUUCCACUACGACAAUGUGCUCUGGGCUCUGCUCACGCUCUUCACCGUGUCCACAGGGGAAGGGUGGCCAACUGUGCUGAAGCACUCGGUGGAUGCCACCUACGAGGAACAGGGGCCCAGCCCUGGCUACAGGAUGGAAAUGUCCAUCUUUUACGUGGUGUAUUUUGUUGUCUUCCCUUUUUUCUUUGUCAACAUCUUUGUGGCGUUAAUCAUCAUCACCUUCCAGGAGCAAGGAGAUAAAGUGAUGUCAGAGUGCAGCCUCGAGAAAAACGAGAGGGCCUGCAUAGACUUUGCCAUAAGUGCCAAGCCCCUGACCCGCUACAUGCCUCAGAACAAGCAAUCCUUCCAGUACAAGAUGUGGAAAUUCGUGGUGUCCCCUCCCUUUGAGUACUUUAUCAUGGUCAUGAUUGCUCUCAACACCAUCGUCCUCAUGAUGAAGUUCUAUGAUGCUCCAGAAGCAUACGAAGAAAUGCUGAAAUGCCUGAAUAUUGUGUUUACAUCCAUGUUUUCCAUGGAAUGUGUGCUGAAGAUCAUUGCCUUUGGUGUGCUGAAUUAUUUCCGAGAUGCCUGGAAUGUCUUUGAUUUUGUAACAGUGUUGGGAAGUAUUACUGAUAUUUUAGUAACAGAGAUUGCGGACAACUUCAUCAACCUCAGCUUCCUGCGGCUCUUCCGGGCAGCCAGGCUCAUCAAGCUCCUCCGCCAGGGCUACACCAUCCGCAUCCUGCUCUGGACAUUCGUGCAGUCCUUCAAGGCCUUGCCUUAUGUGUGUCUCCUCAUUGCAAUGCUCUUCUUCAUCUAUGCCAUUAUUGGCAUGCAGGUAUUUGGGAACAUUGCCUUAGAUGAUGAAACCUCCAUUAAUCGGCACAACAACUUCCGCACCUUCCUCCAAGCCCUGAUGCUCCUGUUCAGGAGCGCCACGGGGGAAGCCUGGCAUGAGAUCAUGUUGUCCUGCUUGAGCAACAGAGCCUGUGACCCCCUCUCUGGCCUCACCAAAAAGGAAUGUGGCAGUGAUUUUGCCUAUUUCUACUUUGUGUCCUUCAUUUUCCUCUGUUCCUUCCUGAUGCUGAACCUGUUCGUGGCAGUGAUCAUGGACAAUUUCGAGUACCUGACCCGGGACUCCUCCAUCCUCGGCCCGCACCACCUGGACGAGUUCGUGCGGGUGUGGGCGGAGUACGACCCGGCAGCCUGCGGGCGCAUCAGUUACACAGACAUGUAUGAGAUGCUGAGACACAUGUCCCCACCUCUAGGCCUUGGGAAGAAAUGCCCAGCUCGUGUUGCCUAUAAGCGCCUGGUGAGGAUGAACAUGCCCAUCUCCCCUGAGGAUUUAACUGUGCACUUCACCUCCACGCUGAUGGCCCUGAUCCGCACGGCCCUGGAGAUCAAACUGGCCUCAGGAGGUGUGAAGCAGCACCAGUGUGAUGCUGAGCUGAGGAAGGAGAUCUCGCUGGUCUGGCCCAACCUGUCCCAGAAGACUCUGGAUUUGCUGGUGCCUCCUCACAAACCUGAUGAAAUGACUGUGGGGAAGGUCUACGCAGCCCUGAUGAUAUUUGACUUCUACAAGCAGAAUAAGAACAGCAGGGAGCAAGUCCAGCCCCCCGGGGGCCUGUGCCAGCCCGGGCCAGUGUCCCUGUUCCACCCCUUGAAGGCCACCCUGGAGCAGACGCAGCCCACGGCCUUCAGCAACGCCAAGGCCUUCCUGCGCCAGAAGAGCUCGGCCUCCCUCAACAACGGGGGAGCCCUGCCACCUCCAGAGGGAGGGAUCAAAGAGUCCAGUUCCUGGGGGACCCAGCGCACCCAGGACGUGUUCUAUGAAACCAGGAGCCCAGCUUUUGAGCGAGGCCACUCUGAGGAGAUCCCCAUUGAGAGGGUGGUAGAAAUGAAGGAGAUCAGCCCCACAGUUGCCAACGGAGAGCCCCAGCCAGGCCUGGAGAGCCAGGGCCGUGCAGCCUCCAUGCCACGCCUGGCUGCUGAAACCCAGAGGAGCAAAGCACGGUCACCUGGGAGUUACCUGGCACCCAUCCCGGACACGAGCCCCAUGAAGCGCUCGGUCUCCACGCUGGCCCCGCAGCGCCCUCACGCCAUGCACCUCUACGAGUACUCCCUGGAGCGCAUGCCACCAGAGCAGGGCCACCACCACCACCACCACCGCUGCCACCGGCGCAAGGAGAAGAAGCAGAAGUCCUUGGAUAGGGCCGCCCAUCACAUGGCUGAUGGACAAGCUGUAGCCCAGUCUGGAGAGUCUUCUUCCAAGGACAAGAAGCAGGAGCGUGGCCGCUCCCAGGAGAGGAAGCAGCACUCCUCCUCCUCCUCUGAAAAGCAGCGCUUCUACUCCUGUGACCGCUACGGCAGCCGGGACCGUGCCCAGCCCAAAUCUGCUGACCAGAGCAGGCCCACCUCGCCCAACGGGGGCCCAGAGCACGGCCCACACAGACAGGGCAGUGGUUCAGUUAAUGGGAGCCCCUUGCUGUCGACAUCUGGUGCUAGUACCCCCUGCCGGGGUCGGAGGCAGCUCCCACAGACUCCACUGACCCCACGCCCCAGCAUCACUUACAAGACCGCUAACUCCUCGCCCGUGCACUUCACCACUUUCCAAACCCCCACGUUCUCCCCGGGCCGCCUGAGCCGCGGGCUGUCCGAGCACAACGCGCUGCUGCGGGGGGAGCAGCAGCCGCCCCCGCCCGCCGUGGCCCGCAUCGGCUCCGACCCCUACCUGGGCCACCGCGACGAUGCCACCGCCGACAGCCCGCAGCGCGCCGCGCCCGAGGACACGCUCACCUUCGAGGAGGCCGUGGCCACCAACUCGGGCCGCUCCUCAAGGACUUCCUACGUCUCCUCGCUGACCUCGCAGUCGCACCAAAUCCGCCGCGUGCCCAACGGGUACCACUACACGCUGGGGCUCAACACGGGCCCCGGCGCCAGAGGACGCAGUUACUACCACGAAGCCGAUGAGGAUGACUGGUGCUAGCGGCUCGGCGGAACCCUGCGAGGUGUGCGUGCUUAAUAAGGAUGAGUUUUAUCAUCUGGAGGGCUGGGAGCUCCCGUGGGGGCCCGGGGCCGGAGGCGGCCAGCAGGGCAGCCCUGAGGACUGCUCAGCGCCCGGGGCCGGAGAUGCCCCUGCAGCCUCUCUCUCCUCUGUUGUUCUUUAGUUUUUUCCUUUUUGAUCUGUUUUUUUUUUUGCACUAGACAGAUGGAGGAAGAAGGCUCCCUCCUUCUGGGGAAGGCAGCAGGAGGAGCACAUCCCUCACUGCCCCCUCCCCACUGCCUUGUCUAGUCCCGAGACACGCACCAGGCGCCAACCCGGCUGCGGAGGCCAGGAGCCGGGAGAAGAGCGAUCCUCACCUUCCACGGUGGAAAAGCAGAACUGUGGGUCCUUCUCAUGAUUGGCGCAGUUUUGUUGGGCUAUUUCUUAAUUAAUUUACCAUCAUAAUUCCCCCCCGCCAGGGUGGGAGCCGGGGGUCGCAAAGGGACUCGCGCGAACAACGCUCGCCCCCCGCGUUUUGUCUCGUUGAGCGCUGAGAAGGAAGAGAUGCACCCAAGAAACUGGGAGAGGAGAAACACAGCCCAGAACAAAGGACAGUCCUUUGGGACUUGAUGUUCAGCCACUGCAAUCCUUUAGGGCAGAGCUGGUGCCGCCCCCGAGCUGACCCUGCUGUGACACCACUGACCUGGGGGUCUCUAAUGUCACUCACCACAUUGGGUCCUUCACACUGACACACGGUAAAGCCACAAGAGAGCUCCUUUGUAAGGACUGUUUCCUUGCUGCUGAGACUUUUCAAUCCAUCCCUCUCUCCUGUUGACUGCAACACACCCUCACUGUUUUGUCUUGUUUACAAUAUAAGCUUGAUUUAGCAAAAAACAACUUAAAAAAAAAAAGUCCACAAAAAAAAGAACAACCCAAACAAAAAGAGGAAAAAAAAAAGCAUAGGGUUGAGAAGAAGAAAUGUUAUUGGUUUUAUAUCAAGCUAUUAGAUAGAACUUUAACUUUUCAUUGUGUGCAUUUUUGUAAAUUGUACAGUAAAAAAAAAACCAAAAAAAAAAAGAAAAAAAUUUCCUCUUUCUGUAGAGAAUUAGUCCAAUUGUCAUUCCAGGUCCCACCGUUUCUACCGAAUGCUCCAGUUGUUCACUACUAAGUGCCUAACCUUUGAAAUCUUUCACAGUGACGAUGCAACCUCUUGCUUCGAGGCAUCAGAGCUUGGGCGAGCGUGGGGAGGGCAGAGGGUGUGGGGCCGAGCAGCCGGAGCUUGGAGGGGCCCUGGGGGCACUGUGUCCCAGGCUGGGAGCUUCCAGUGGGGAAGGCAAACGUGCUUUGGGCUUGGUUUGGGUUUGGUUGGCCUUUUAUUUUAUUUUAUUUUAUUUUUGGUUAGAAUAUAGAAAUAUAAAUAUAUAUAUAUAUAGAUAUACUUUUAUGGGUGAGAGGGGAGUGAUUGCAGCAAACAAAGCCGGCCUUGUCUCAUUGCCCAGUGGAGGAAAUGCAGGUGGGAAAGGGCAGCAUCUGCAGGGGUGCUCCUGGAGGAGGAGCAGCAUCUCCCACAGGCCAGCUGAGAGAGCUCUGGCCGUGCAUCACUGGUGUGGAGGGCAGUUGGAGUGAGUUUGUUUUUAUUGCCUGAUAGGAGAAGGUUUAAAAAAAAAAGUGAUGAUAAUAAUAAUAAUAAUAAUCCAAACCUCUAACUCUGAUUCUCAGGGAUGAGAUUUCUGCGUUCUUGCAACGACUUUUGUGUUGGCUGGUUUCUUUCUUUUGUGCCCGUGUGGAUUCCUGCACUGUGAGCCUGGGAAAAGGGCAAACACGCUGUGCUGGCGGGGAGGGAGGCUGGGGCAAAGCCCAGCCAGGACCUCCUGCCCAGGGCUCUGCUGAGCCCUUGUAGGGCUGGUUUGGGGCACAGGGCAGCCAGAGGACGUGGAGAGGUUAAAAGGUGAAAGGAGGAAGGGUGGGAGGUGCUGAGCACAUCCCUAAAAGCGCCACUAGGAUAGAGGAUAGGGUUGGAGAGGUGAAUUUUUUCAGAGGAUCUACCAGGCCCCAGACCUGUGGAACUUCUCCAGGCGCAGCGGUCGCGCGGGGUGGGUGGAAAUCCCGCUGGCCCUGGUGAUCUGUUCUGUCCCUGGGUUGCUUGGAGGGGAUCAGAUGCCACCAAAACGCUCAGGAGGUCUCUCAUGCUCUCAGCAAAGUCUGUCAGCCUCAGGCAGGAGCAGUCUGCUCUAGGGUGGUUCUUCACAUCUCCUGUAGCUCUUCUCUUGAGGAAACUCAACCCGGUUUUGUUCCCUCCGGUGUUUUGUUUUAAUUUCGUUCUGUUCAGUAGCAAUCUCUGGCCGAUCUCAUCCCUGGAUUCUGCUAAAGGAUAACUCCUGUCUGUAUCUCUGUCUCUGUACUCGUGUGCACUCGGAAUAAAGGCAGUGUGGUAGCCAGAGGUCACGGCUGGCAUUCCUGGCAUUCCCAAACGGAGGGCUAUGCAACCAGAUGACACGUCCGGACACACACCCACCCCACCACCACUCCAAGACCUUCAUCCAUCUGUAGCUUUAGCUGCUGGAUUUUCCUGUUUCAGGCUUCAGCACGAUUGUGACCAAAUGUUUUAUACAUUUUCCUGAAAUGAAGGCACAAACACCUUAUUUGAAAUUUUCCAAGGGAACGUUCCUAUUUUACUCCAGGAAGUCGAGGGGAAGGGACAACACCAUCUCUGCCCGUGCAUGCAAACACUGUACCCACACUGGAAAGCAACAGAGAUGUCUUUCUGUAUGGAAUAAUUCUGUCUUUUCCCCCUUUUCCUCUCCCAUUUUCCAUCCCCAACCCCCCAGCCCUGCACUAACACAGCUUUGGGUCACCCCAAUUCAUAGGCAGAACACGAAGAAGAAUCUCAAGUUGUCCAAAUCCUCCACCCGCCUCGUAGGGGUCGAUGACAGUGACAGACAAGCCUGACCACAAUUAUCCAUAACCCUUUCCUGACAUUUUUUUACAGCCUCUCUGCUGUCUCUCCAUCUUUCCAAGAAUCCUCAUAGUGAGUUGCCAAACUUGAAUUGCACCGAUCAGUUUUCUGCAUCCAGAACCAGUCUCGUAGUGGCUGUACUUUGAAUAAGUAAUGUUUGCAUGUAAUAUAUAUACAUAUAUACAUAUCUAUAAAAAGUAUGUGCAUGGAAAAUGUUUAUCUUCGUACUUUUUUGAUACAAUGUAUUCAUCAGUUGUUAAUUUUUAAUUAUAUUUGAUAUAAAUUUGGGGGUUUGUUGCAAAACUUUAUAUUUAAAAAACAGUGUGAAAAACGAUCAAAGUUCCAACCAUGCAACACAAGUGGAACUUUACCCAAAAAAAAAUAAGGGAGAAAAAAAUUGAGAAAAAAAAAAGGUUCUGUGAUUGCCUAGUUUGCUGCCUGAGUAAUAUUUAUCAGCCAAACUUUGAAUUCUGCAGUUGUUUCUACAAUUCCAUUUUGUAUGAAGCAAAGUCCUUGAAUUAAAAUAAAAACUUAGCAAAAAAAAAACCAACCUGA